AUGAAGUUCACCGCUACCCUCUUCGGCCUCUUCGCCGCUCAGGCCCUUGCCGUCAACAUGUACUCCGCCCCCAACGCCGCAGCUGAGUGCGGUGCCCUCGGCGUCGCAGAAUGGGAUCUCGAUACUCUUCCCGCCGGCAUGGACGUCUCUGAGCUCCGCAAAUGCAAGGAGCAUCCCCUCUCAGUCAAGAUCCACAGCCGCAACCCUGACUCUACCAAGGUCAACGUCCUUGAGAAGAGAAAAUGCACUUCUUCAAAGUGGAAGCCCAAGGCUGGCUGCGACAAGCAUUGGUGCUGGCAGAACUGCGGCAGUGCCAAGGAGGUCGAGUGGGGUUUCUGGUGCUGGUCUGCCCACAAAGACGGAAAGGGUGCUUGGAUGAGCUGUUCCAAUGACAGUGACUGUCCUACUGACGACAAGUUCUGCGAGGUUGCAAUCUCCGGCGCCAGCUCCGUCAGCGACAUCCCCUUCACAUCAGGGGUUCCCGAGAACACAAACACAGCUGCGGCCACUGGCCUGUCGCCUUCGACCUCCACUGAAGGCGCUGCCCAGGCCACUGCUACCAUUGCGCUCGGCGCCCUUUUCGGUGGUGCUGCCUUUGUCAUGAACUUCUGA